AUUCGAAGAUCGCCGCGGCGGUUGGCGAAGCGGACGGAGCACGUCCUCCGCGGUGCGAGGAACGGUCCCUGCUGACUGAUCCCCUUCUUCCGGCCGCGCCACCCGGGAGGCGGAUCCCCGGGGCCUGAGGAGGCUUCCUCGGCCCGGCCCUCUCGCCCUCCCUCUCCCACGGGUCACCCGAGCGGCCUGUGACGACGAGGAGAAGGAGGAGGAGAAGGAGGAGGAGGUCGUCGGGGGCGGCAGCGGGCGGAGACCGCGCUCCCCCUUCGGCGGCGGCGGGGGCAGGACAAUGGAGGUGGCUGUGGAGAAGGCAGCGACGGCGGCCGUGGCGGCUUCGGCGGCGGCCGCCGGGGGGCCCUCGGCGACGCCGAGCGGGGAGAACGAGGCCGAGAGUCGGCAGGGCCCGGACUCGGAGCGCGGAGGCGAGGCGGCCCGGCUCAACCUGUUGGACACUUGCGCCGUGUGCCACCAGAAUAUCCAGAGCCGGGCGCCCAAGCUGCUGCCCUGCUUGCACUCCUUCUGCCAGCGCUGCCUGCCCGCUCCCCAGCGCUACCUCAUGCUGCCCGCGCCCAUGUUGGGCUCGGCCGAGACCCCACCGCCAGUCCCUGGCCCCGGCUCGCCGGCCAGCGGCUCCUCGCGGUUCGCUACCCAAGUUGGAGUCAUUCGAUGUCCAGUUUGCAGCCAGGAAUGUGCAGAGAGACACAUCAUAGAUAAUUUUUUUGUGAAAGAUACUACUGAGGUUCCCAGCAGUACAGUAGAAAAGUCUAAUCAGGUGUGUACAAGCUGUGAAGACAAUGCAGAAGCUAAUGGGUUUUGUGUAGAGUGUGUUGAAUGGCUCUGCAAGACGUGCAUCCGAGCUCAUCAAAGGGUGAAGUUCACAAAAGACCACACUGUGAGACAGAAAGAGGAAGUAUCUCCAGAGGCAGUUGGUGUGACCAGUCAACGACCAGUGUUUUGUCCUAUUCAUAAGAAGGAGCAGCUAAAGCUUUACUGUGAAACAUGUGACAAAUUGACAUGUCGGGACUGCCAGUUAUUAGAACAUAAAGAGCAUAGAUAUCAAUUUAUAGAAGAAGCUUUUCAGAAUCAGAAAGUGAUCAUAGAUACAUUAAUCACCAAACUGAUGGAAAAAACGAAAUACAUAAAAUUCACAGGAAAUCAGAUCCAAAACAGAAUAAUUGAAGUAAAUCAAAAUCAAAAGCAGGUGGAACAGGAUAUUAAAGUUGCUAUAUUUACAUUGAUGGUAGAAAUAAAUAAAAAAGGGAAAGCUCUUCUGCAUCAGCUUGAGAGCCUUGCAAAGGACCAUCGCAUGAAACUUAUGCAACAACAGCAGGAAGUGGCUGGACUUUCCAAACAACUGGAACAUGUCAUGCAUUUUUCCAAAUGGGCCGUUUCCAGUGGCAGCAGUACAGCCUUACUUUAUAGCAAGCGACUGAUUACAUACCGGUUACGGCACCUCCUUCGAGCAAGGUGUGAUGCUUCCCCAGUGACCAACAAUACCAUCCAGUUUCACUGUGAUCCUAGUUUCUGGGCUCAAAAUAUUAUCAAUUUAGGUUCUUUAGUAAUUGAAGAUAAAGAGAGCCAACCACAAAUGCCUAAGCAGAAUCCUGUCGUGGAACAGAAUUCACCGCCACAAGGUGGUUUAUCUUCAAACCAGUUAUCCAAGUUUCCAACACAGAUCAGCCUAGCUCAGUUACGACUCCAGCAUAUGCAGCAACAGGUAAUGGCUCAGAGGCAACAGGUGCAACGGAGGCCAGCACCUGUGGGUUUACCAAACCCUAGAAUGCAGGGGCCCAUCCAGCAGCCUUCCAUCUCUCAUCAGCAACCCCCUCCACGUUUGAUAAAUUUUCAAAAUCACAGCCCCAAACCCAAUGGACCAGUUCUUCCUCCUCAUCCUCAACAGUUGAGAUACCCACCAGCCCAGAAUAUGCCACGACAAGCAAUGAAGGCCAACCCCCUGCAGAUGGCUUUCUUGGCUCAACAAGCCAUAAAACAGUGGCAGAUCAGCAGUGGGCAGGCUCCUCCAUCAACUGCCAAUAGCACGUCCUCUACUCCUUCCAGCCCCACCAUUACUAGUGCAGCAGGGUACGAUGGGAAGGCCUUUGGUUCACCGAUGAUUGAUUUGAGCUCACCAGUGGGAGGCUCUUACAAUCUUCCUUCUCUUCCAGAUAUUGACUGUUCAAGUACUAUUAUGCUGGACAAUAUUGCGAGGAAAGAUACUAAUAUAGAUCAUGGUCAACCAAGACCACCCUCGAAUAGAACCGUCCAGUCACCAAAUUCAUCAGUGCCGUCUCCAGGCCUUGCAGGGCCUGUUACUAUGACUAGUGUACACCCACCAAUACGUUCACCCAGUGCCUCCAGCGUUGGGAGCCGAGGAAGCUCUGGCUCUUCCAGCAAACCAGCAGGAGCUGAUUCUACACACAAAGUCCCAGUGGUUAUGUUGGAGCCAAUCCGAAUAAAACAAGAAAACAGUGGACCCCCUGAAAAUUAUGAUUUUCCUGUUGUUAUAGUGAAACAAGAAUCAGAUGAAGAAUCUAGGCCUCAAAAUACCAACUAUCCAAGAAGCAUACUCACCUCCCUGCUCUUAAAUAGCAGUCAGAGCUCUGCUUCUGAAGAGUCUGUGCUAAGAUCAGAUGCCCCUGACAGUACAGGAGAUCAGCCUGGACUUCACCAGGAAAAUUCCUCUAAUGGAAAGUCCGAGUGGCUGGAUGCCUCCCAGAAGUCACCCCUUCAUGUUGGAGAGACAAGAAAAGAGGAUGACCCCAAUGAGGACUGGUGUGCAGUUUGUCAGAAUGGAGGGGAACUCCUGUGCUGUGAGAAAUGUCCCAAAGUAUUCCAUCUUUCUUGUCAUGUGCCCACAUUGGCCAAUUUUCCAAGUGGAGAGUGGAUUUGCACUUUCUGCCGAGACUUAUCUAAACCAGAAGUUGAAUACGACUGUGAUGCUUCCAGUAACAACUCAGAAAAAAGGAAAACUGAAGGCCUUGUUAAAUUAACACCAAUAGAUAAAAGGAAAUGUGAACGCCUACUUUUAUUUCUUUACUGCCAUGAAAUGAGCCUGGCUUUUCAAGACCCAGUUCCUCUAACUGUGCCUGAUUAUUAUAAAAUAAUUAAAAAUCCAAUGGACUUGUCUACUAUCAAGAAAAGACUACAAGAAGAUUAUUCCAUGUAUUCAAAUCCUGAAGAUUUUGUAGCUGAUUUUAGAUUGAUCUUUCAAAACUGUGCUGAAUUCAAUGAGCCUGAUUCAGAAGUAGCCAGUGCUGGUAUAAAACUUGAAAGCUAUUUUGAAGAACUUCUAAAGAACCUUUAUCCAGAGAAAAGGUUUCCUAAACUAGAAUUCAGGAAUGAAUCAGAAGAUAAAUUUAGUGAUGACUCAGACGAUGACUUUGUACAGCCCCGGAAGAAACGCCUCAAAAGCGUAGAGGAACGUCAGUUGCUGAAAUAAGCAGCACCGUUGGUGUGUGCUGGUUUUUAGAUUUUUUGUUUUCAAAAAACAUUUU